AUUCGGCAUGGUCUUUGGGUGCCUUAUAUUAAGUGUAUUAACCACAAUUAAACAAUUCAAUGCUUGGGCGAGUACCGUCCUUUUUUAUGUAGAAAUUUUGAUGGUAAUAUGGCUCAUGAUUGAAUACGUACUCAGGAUGUGGUCAGCAGGCUGUAGGUCCCGCUACCAGGAAUGGAGUGGGAGACUCAAGUUUGCUCGACGACCUUUUUGUAUUAUAGAUAUAGUAGUUAUAAUGGCCAGUAUAGCGGUGCUGUCCGUAGGAGUUAACAACCAAGUGUUUGCCACGUCCGCUCUGCGUGGACUUCGAUUCUUCCAGAUUCUGCGUAUGGUCAGAAUGGACAGAAGAGGAGGGUCUUGGAAACUGCUAGGCUCAGUUGUAUGGGCUCAUAGACAAGAAUUGUUCACAACAGUGUAUAUAGGCUUCCUAGGCUUAAUCUUCUCGUCAUUCCUCAUAUAUCUAGUCGAGAAAGAUGAAAACCCAGACAAAUUUGGUAGCUAUGCAGAUGCUCUCUGGUGGGGUGUGAUUACCCUCUGUACUGUUGGGUAUGGGGAUACAGUUCCGACCACACCAGUAGGCAAAAUCAUUGCAGCAUUUUGUGCCGUGGCUGGCAUCUCAUUUUUUGCUCUUCCUGCUGGUAUCCUCGGCUCAGGGUUUGCUCUAAAGGUUCAACAGCAGCAGCGACAGAAACAUUUAAUACGCCGGCGCGUUCCUGCUGCAACGCUUAUACAAUGCUUAUGGCGGGUGUACGCCGCCGAUCCAAACUCAAUGUCAGUAGCCACUUGGAAACCCCACAUGAGGCCUUGCCCAAGUCCAACAGGGGAGAGGGACAGAUUCAAACACAAUUCUUCCUUUGUCAGUCGCUUCUCUGCUAAACGUAAGAAUCGACCAGAGGGUGCCAAUCACCUAGGUCCCCAUUCUCCAUCAACUACAAGGUCAAGUCUUAGGUCAAAAAAUGGUAGCGCGGAGUCGGAGUUUGGGGAUUCCAACGAAGCGUUGAACAGGAGUCACUUAAGUUUGGCUAUGGGACCUGCUGGAGCUACACCACCUCAACCCGACUUCGCACCAAUGAGGAAAGAAAAUUCAUUAUCAUCACUUAAUAAACGACUUGGUAUGGAGGAAGAAGAUGAUGAAGACAAUCCACCACCUGUAACAGAACUGACAGAACAGCAUAAAAACGCAAUUAGAUCACUUAGAAAAAUAAAAUAUUUUGUUGCUAGAAAAAAGUUCAAAGAAGCAUUCAAACCAUAUGAUGUCAAAGAUGUAAUAGAGCAGUAUUCAGCCGGUCAUGUAGAUAUGCUAGCUAGGAUAAAAAAUUUACAACAAAGGUUAGACCAAAUACUUGGUAGAGCUGGAACCAAGGACAAAGAUGUAUAUGAAUCAAAGCUGAGUUUAGCAUCUAGAAUAGUCAAAGUAGAGCGAUCUGUGGAUGAUAUAGAGACUAAAAUAGACUUGUUAAUGGAUAUGUACAAAGAAGAUAGAUUAACUUGGCAACAAAGACUACAAUCUCUCCCUAUCUCAAUUAAACCACCCCCUCCAGGAGGAGGAGGUAAUGGGGACCCUAAAAUUCAACCAAUCUUAAUCAACAGAGCUCCAUUUAGUGAGCCAAACACACCCACCAUUAAAACACCUGCUAAACCUAUGCAGCGAAACUAUAGUGAUCUUGGACCUCGAGUGAAAAAACGGGUAACAUACAGAUGUCUCUCAGAGGGACGGGAAGGUAUGCAGAGUCGCUUGCGGAGUGCCAUGCAAAAUUAUGACCUGGGCUUUCACGAGGAGCAGGCCGAGGAGACUGCCGGGAGUAGUACUCUUGUGGCCAGCCAGGAAAAACACCCUCUUGCUCUACAUCCCGAAGACACUCAUUCCUCCUCUGGUUCUGAAAGUCCUAGCAGUAUCUUAAGUGAAAUAACCAACAAUGAAAACGAGGAUUUUGAUGAUCCUCGAGAUCAUGAACCUCUUACUCGGACACCCAAUGAUAUAUUUGCAUUUGCAAAAGAGGAUAUUGGUGCUCAUGCGACUCCCCCAAGGCGGCAUAGUUCAGCGUCUACAUGCACUGGCGGGGGAAGUGACCAAGAUGAGGGACUUACCAUGAUUGCACCUAUUACUGAAGACAAAACCAGUGUUCAUUUGGAGGAUGAAACGUUCAAUAUGCAAGAAAGUCAGCUCCUAAUGAGACCUGAAGUUCUCAAAUUACGCCGAAAAACGUUUUGUUAAUGCAUUCUAAUCUUGUAUUGUUAGAUUUUUGUUUCUACAAGAUUGUCAAAUUUUGAUUGUUAUAAACUAUUCAUUAUAUAUUAUACAUAUUGUUAUUACAUAUUUGUGAUAUGUGAAGUUUGUUAUAAAUUCUAGUUCAAUAAAAUGGCAGUGCCAUUAUGUUGCUAUAAAUUCUAGAUAUAUAUCUUAAGCCCUCUCUCAUUUACUUGUCUUCAUCGUGUCUUGCUUUCACUAUACUCGGUGGAUAGGUUUAUUUUGGCUGUUAAAACUUGUACUUCCCAUAAACCAUAUUAUAUAUAUAGACAUACAUACACACAACAUAACUCUCCGAGAUAUAGGCAACCAGAAAUGCAAUUUUGGGCCACGUCUUCUGUAUGUUUAUGUCGGAUGGUGUUAAAAUGGCAUUAAUAAAUCCGGCCUGUUUUAGUUGAGGGUUUCAACAUUUUAUCAUUCACGCAUAAACAGGCAUUGAGACCAUAUCCAAUAUGAAAUUUCGGUUGCCGAACAUUUGGAAGGGACGUACAUGAUAGUGCAUCCAUUGUGCUGUCACAAUUAUCUGGCGUUUUGAUUUAAUAAUUGAUGAAAAUAAAUGCCAAUAAUCUACCUCUUAAUCAGGGUUGCCGUAUGCUACACAUAGCUUUCCAUGUACCUUUGUAGACAGUACAUAUAAAUACUCCAGCAUCUUGAUGUUACGAAUCCAACGAUAUACUGAAGAUAACAAGUGCGCAGAUAUCAGACAAUCAUAUUAUUGAAAUGUAAUUAGUUUCCAUUAGAUUUUGUAUCAGAAUGGGCUGUCUUGCGAAUUGAUUUGUUCCAAAUAAAAGAAAAGUAUUUACAUAUUUAAGAGAGUCUUAAAAUAUAUCGUUAAUCCAGAUAUAUGAUGUGGUAAUCUAAACAUCAUUUUAGCGUUUCUUUAUGUGUGUGCAAGAACAAAGCAUUAAAGUCAUAGCAGACAUACAUGUAUAAUAGCCAACCUGAAUGUAGGACGAAAUGUCUGAAAUUGUUCAACUUUGUUUGCAAUGUUAGUGUAUCCUAGUAAAAGAUUGGUAAAACCAGGUCAUUUGACUGUGAUGUAUUGCCUUGGUAUUUUCUUCAUUCUAGUUAUAGCGUAUAUUGAUCAUCAGUUUACUCAAAUAUGAACUUCUGAUCGUCAGAUAUAUGUGAUAUUUAUAAUCAUGAUAUCACCAUGUACUGAUAAUGUGCAAUCAGGGAAGCAUCAUUUUGAUAACCAGGUGACCUCUGGUAGAAUAUGAAGUAUUUCAAAUUGUUGAACUUAGUUAACUGUUGUUAAAAUAAGAAUAAAACGUUUAUUGAACAUGUCAUAGAAAAUUUCAUACUGUCAAUGAUAAGGGUCGAUGAGUAUCUAAAAUAGUAUUGUGUAAUGCUAAAAUUUUGACCUGGUGAUAUUUUUACGAUUGAUCAGAUGUGAAGGUUCUGGGCGACUAUGUGAUAUUCAGUGAUAUUCUGGAUUAUGCCUCGCACUGCAAAAUGAUUGGUAGUUUGGCCAUCUUUAGUUUGAUCUCUCGUUUCUUCUCACACUUUUAAGUGCUAGGAAAAUUCA